AUGUCUCUGAUGAAGAGUGAGAGAGCCAUCGUCAUGUCCAUGUGGGACAAGAUGGCUUCCCAGACCGAGGCCAUCGGCACCGAGACUCUGGAGAGGCUCUUCUGCAGCUACCCACAGACAAAGACCUACUUCCCGCACUUCGACCUGCACCACGGGUCGCAGCAAUUGCGCGCCCAUGGCUCCAAGAUCUUGGCUGCUGUCGGCGAGGCCGUUAAGAACAUCGACAACCUCUCGUGUGCUCUGACCAAGCUGAGUGAGCUGCAUGCCUACAUCCUGCGUGUGGACCCUGUCAACUUCAAGCUCCUGUCCCACUGUCUGCUGGUCACCCUGGCCGCACGCUUCCCCGCCGACUUCACAGCUGAAGUCCACGAAGCCUGGGACAAGUUCAUGACUAUCCUGUCUUCCAUCCUGACUGAGAAGUACCGCUAA